UUAGCUGUCCCCGAGCGCAACCUCCCCGCCCUGACUGGAGUGUAACCGAGUGUAGGAAGACAAAGUUCAGACCCGGGGAGGUAGCUUGACGGGGCCCUCGACGUUGAGGAGGAGGGAGGGCACCCCGUAGAUCCCCCAAAGCAUAGGACGCGGGCAGGAGCGUCUUGGGAAGCUGGGGAGAAGAACCUGUUCGCCCCACAGACAUCUUAGAGAAAGCUAGCACUCCAGGCAAGGAGUGAGACCGUGCCCCCAGCACCUCGGGACCGGACCCACUGAAGCAGCGGCCACCGGAGACCCGAGCCCAAAUGCUAAACCUCAGCUCAGGGGAUAAGCAUCUGCCUAGGUCUCCAGCUCUCGGCCAACAGCUACCCCUAGCGGAAAAGCGACCGUCCCGUUCCCCUCCGUGCCUCCCAGGGCGUUCCGAGGUUCGGUUAGAGAGCCUGGGUAAAUGAGGCGUGUGCUCUCCUUACUCCCUGCCCUCUCCCAACCCCGAGCUCGGCCCCUCCACUAUCCUGUUGGGAAGCCACCAGGAAACCCGGCCCCAGCUGUCCAGGAUCCCCAAAUUUGGCUAUCCUUCAGACUCUAUACCCUCUCCUGCCAGCCUCCCUACGCCCGGAGCCGAAACCGACUGGAACUGCUGCUCCUUGGACCGACAGGCGGCUGGAGCUCUGGCUGCCUUAGCGAAGGUGUAGGGCGGUCUCCGAACUCGGAGCUGGACAGUAUCUGUGCUGUGGAACUGGAUGAAGAUACGUGCUUCAAUAGAGUGGGAAAGUAGGGUGCGAAAUGGGAAGCAAAAAGGUGUAGGACCGGAGGGAUUCGUUGUAGGGGAUAGAGAGCAAUGUAAUGUAUCCUUAGUUCUAGAGGUGUACAGUGCAGGAUUGUGUGGGAUGAGGGUGCAUAGUAGUGGAUUUUGCGUUCCGGGAGUGAGGUACACCGAAUGGGUGUGGUGCGAGGUGGUGAAGUUGAAGAAAAGAAUGGUGACGGGGGAAGGUGGAGGGAGCGUAUUGUUUCCGUAGCAAGACUGGAGAGUCUCAGAAGCCGAUCAGUGAGUCGCUGUUCCUUGCUUUACUGGGGAUACCCGUCGGGCUGGGAGACACGUUGAGAUGUCUGAGAACUAGGUGCUUCUAGGAGCAGCAGGCGUGGGUUGGACGUGAAAAGUUAGCAAAGCUUUCUUCUACUCCCAUUCAAUCCCAUAGUAAGUCCCGCGGCAGAGGCAGAGGGUGCACGGAGAGCCAGCCUAGACGGAGAAAACCCUAACACUUCCACUGACAGCUAAAGGGUUUCACUUGGGACGCACCCGGCAGGUCCGGCCCGGUGUUCGGAUGGGAGACACUCCAACUGUGGAUACCACCCACUCACCCACCCAGCCAGAGUAACCCAGAACUUUAGAAAGGCCGGGCGUUAGAAGAGGAUGAGGGCUUAAGUACCUCUGACCCCUAACCAUAGGAAGACCAUCUGAGGAGCGCAGAGAAAGAAGUCUCUAUGGUGCAGAGCAAAGAUCUCUCCUAGAAACCAAGGGCCGAAUGAUUGAAGACCUGAGUUCAAGUCUCGACUUAGUUAUUGCUCUCUUUAAUUUUGAGAAAAAGCUUUCUGUUUUCCUUGCCUCAGUUUCCCCCCUCUUCUAAAUAAAAUCGGUCUAGAAGACAUCUAAGGUCCAUUCCAACUAUGAUGUUAGGUAAGUUCUGUAUCCCUCCUCCUUUCACCCUCCCCCGGCUUUCCCUGCUCCACUGCACGUCUCUAGCCCCUCGUUCGGUCUCUCUCUCCCCUCCUUGCCUGUUUAUUUUUAGGUCAUUGGCGGCGAGCUCUAGGUAAUCCCCAGGCUGAAGUUCCAAGGGGGCGGGGCCCUACUGGGGGCGGAGUCGCCUUUUCUUUUAAACCCGCGACUAUAAAUCCAGUUUAAGGGGAAGCGGGAUCUCAGAUGAGCAGCCCGGACCCAAGUCGGCUAGGGGAGCGAGGGGGUGGGGCCCAGGGCGGCCGCGGCCGCAGCUGCCCAGCUGCGCCGCGGCUAGCCGGCAGGCUCCACUCCCUCCUGGUUCACACCUUGGGCUUUCUUACCCAGGUGGCCGCCUGCUGUUUCCUGGGCCCGCGCUUCCUGGCCACAGCGGUGACGCUGUGGCUACUGGACUUCCUGUGCAUCCGCAAGAAGGUGCUGCUGAGACGCCGGCACGAAGGCGAAGCUGAGGAGCCCUGGAAGGCGGGCGGGGGCGGGAGCGGGGGUGGAGGAGAGGAGGAGGAUGGGGCAGCUGUUAUCUUGUUCCCGGGGCUACCCCCUGAUGACCCGCCAAUCUGGGUCUCUGACUCCAAUCGGCUCUGCACUAUAGAGUCGCUGAAGGCUGUCUGGCACGGGCAAAAGAUGGACUUCUUCAAGACUGCCCACAAGGGCUCCCUAGCCCCCAAUCCCGAGGUCAUUCAACUGGACGGACUGAAAAGACUGCGCAUCUUAGACUUCGCGCGGGGCAGCCGGCCACUGGUUCUCAACUUCGGCAGCUGCACCUGACCCCCGUUCACCGCGCGACUGCGCGCUUUCCAGCGUCUCGCCUCCACCUUCCUAGACAUCGCCGACUUCUUGCUUGUCUACAUCGAAGAAGCCCACCCAUCCGACGGCUGGGCCAGCUCAGAUGCAGCCUACGACAUCCCCAAGCACCAGUGCCUUCAGGACCGAUUGCGGGCUGCCCGGCUUUUGCAGGAGGGCGCCCCAGGAUGCUUGCUUGCCGUGGACACCAUGGACAACGCGUCCAGUGCAGCGUAUGGUGCCUACUCGGAACGGCUCUAUAUCAUCCAGGAGGCUCGAGUCAUGUACCAGGGGGGACGAGGCCCCGAGGGCUACAAGAUCUCAGAACUGAGGCACUGGCUCGACCAGUACAAAGAUCGUCUGCAGAGUCCACAGGCCUCCGUGGUCCUACCUGUGUAAUUGACCGUUUCCAAAACAAAGAACCCCAAACAAACGUAUAAUCGACGGUUCUUAAUCACAGAAAGUGACAGUUACACAAAAGAAGGGGGAAGGGAGAAUUAACCCAUGUGGGGGAGGGAUCCGUGGGGGGAGGAACACCUCUCUUCUCUCCUCCCCAAAUUCAUUUUUUCUCUCCUUGUUUUUCUCCACUUUGUUGACUGCAGUGCGAACAUUAUAUAUGUUGCGCGUGUGCAUGCGUGUGUUAAACCUGUGUAACUCUGUGAGUGCCCGUUGUUUCCCACAGAGAGAAGACACCCCCGCCACCUGGGACAACUAAACGGGACCAAUCCCUGCUUGCGUAGAAGGAAGGAA